GGAUCGGAUCCAUUUGAUUUCAGUGUUCAUCAACAAUGGAGACGAAUGAGAUGGAGAAGUUGUGCCAAAGGUGCAAAAAAAGCUACACAGAUUCUUUAAACGACACUUCCUCUUGCCGUUUUCAUCCUUCCUUCUUUGUUUGUCGUCGUCACGAUGACCAGAAAAGGUACUAUGAAUUGAAACCAGAGGAUCCACCGUAUGCAGCCAAGUUCUACGAUUGUUGCGGCGCAGAGGAUCCUAAUGCACCAGGUUGUGUCACCAGCCCUCACAUUUCAUAUGAUGACUGAUGUAUGAGUGAGCUCUCGUAAGCCUUUUUCCGUACAAACAUCAUGUAAAUAAUCUUACAUUAUCGUAGCCUUCUUAUGAAAUAAAAGACUUAGCUUGUGAUCUUUCUGCUGGGUACUGUCUUGAACCACUUCUUGCAUUGAACACAGCUACAGAGUGAACUGUUGUGUUACAGCUUCUGUGGGUUUUGUGAAUAGGAGUGCCAGAAUCAUUUGAC